UGUCACAACCACCUGUUAAAGGAAACGCCUUAGACCGGAAGCAUUGCAGAGGCCCCACAGUGAACCUUGUCUUUGUAUGGAGAACUGCAACCAGAAAGAUGUGUGUUCAGCUUUGCCUCUUCCUCUUCAUGUGGACUGUUGCACUCCCUGUGUCUUUGACAUUUAACAUUGACACCACAAACCCUAAAGUCUACCAAGGCAACCAAAAAGAUUUCUUUGGGUACAAAGUGCUUCAAUUCGCAUCUGGCUCCAAUAAGGGAAUACUUGUCACCGCACCGCUUUACAAUAAUGGAUCUGGGGCAGUAUGCAAACCAGAUGAUAGCCAAACUACAAAGUGCUUCAACCCACAAGGACUCUCAUUUGAAGACAAAGAAUUACAAGUCAAGCACCUUGGACUGUCCAUAGCUGAAGACCCGAUACACUCGCAGUUCACUGUUUGCAGCCCUUACGUGGCUCAUGAAUGUUAUGACAACUCCUACCUGAACAGUGUCUGCUUCAAAGUGACAGAGGAUCUUCAGGAGAUCACCUCUUUUAAACCGAUCUUUCAAGAAUGCAGAAAGAAGACUGUAGAUCUCGUCUUCCUCUUUGAUGGGUCACAAAGCAUGGAUGAGAAUGACUUUAACAAGAAUAAAGACUUCAUAUUGGACAUAAUGAAUAGCCUCAAAAACACUUCAAUCAAGUUUGCAGCAGUUCAGUUUGCCAGCUCUCACAGAACAGUCUUUGAUUUUAUUGACUACCAAAAUGGAAAUGCAGAAAAAAAACUUAGAGCGGAACCUCAUAUGGAAAGCCUCACCAACACCCACCAAGCCCUCAGAUUUGUAUUGACAAACCUCUUUGAAAAUAAACAUGCUGGAGCCUCAUCCGAUGCAAUCAAAGUUCUGGUCCUAAUCACAGAUGGAGAUCCAAGUGACGAAGAUGAAGACGCAAAUUACGUUAUCAACACCUAUACUGAAAAACGUAUCAUUCGAUUUGUUAUUGGGGUCAAAAUUAUAAGCCUAAAUAAAGUGAAGGCUAUUGCCUCAGACCCAAAGGACAAAUAUGCUUAUAAAAUUGAGAAUUAUGAAGGGCUCACAGGAUUACUGGAAAACUUUCAAGAACACAUAUUUAACAUAGAAGGAGACAACAAAGUUGCUCGGGCCCAAGACAUGAACAAUGAAAUGUCGCAGAGGGGAUUCAGUGCGGCAUUCUACAAGGACACCUUGAUUCUGGGUUCAGUGGGAUCAAACAGCUGGCGUGGUGCUCUGUACGAACGGCAAGCUCAAAUGGAGACAGAGAUUGAAGAUCCGCAAAUGCAGAUGGACUCUUACAUGGGAUACUCCGUUUCUGUGGGACAGGUGAAUGGGGUUCCACUAUAUUUCACAGGUGCACCAAGAUUUGAGCAUGUAGGACAAAUCGUACUUUUUGCGCGCAAUGGGAACAGCUGGAAUGUAAGCCAACGAAUAAACGGGGAGCAGAUUGGUUCCUACUUUGGGGCAGACCUUUGCACUGUAGACGUGGACUCGGACGGUAACAGUGAUUUUCUCCUGGUGGGAGCACCACUGUUUUACCACCCUCAGGAGAAGUCUGAGGGACAAAUCUACGUCUACACGCUAACUGAUGAGAUGCUGCUAAAACGUGAAAUAAAUGUAACCCAACCUGCCAAGGGGAGAUUUGGUACCAGCAUAGCCAGUCUUGCAGAUCUGAAUGGAGACGGGCUGCGAGAUGUUGCAGUUGGGGCUCCUCUUGAGGAUGCUAAUGCGGGGGCAGUGUACAUCUACUUUGGGGACAGACACCAAGGGAUACGCAGUGUUUAUAGUCAGAGAAUCUUAGGGCGGGAAAUAAAACACGGGAUGAGAUUCUUUGGGCAGGCCAUAAACGGAAACAUUGACCUCGGAGAUGAUGCUCUACCAGACAUUGUUGUUGGGUCCUACGGAGCAGCUGUUGUCUUAAGGUCCAGGCCCAUUGUUAAUGCUAUAGCUCAUCUGUCUUUUCAGCCAAAGGAAAUUAGCAUUGACCAAUUUGACUGCUCGACGAACACAGACACGAUUUUACCCAUGGUUAACUUAACAGUCUGCUUUGGAAUAGUAGAAACAACAAAGAGUAAAUCAGGGUCCACAAAGUUAGGACUAAACAUUUCAUACAUGCUUGAUGUGGAUCCAAUGAGACAAUCACAUCGAGGUUUCUUCAGUCAGAGUGACAGUAAAUCAAGAAGUCUUACUUUCACCUAUGAAUUGCUGGAGAAAGACAAAUGCUUCCUGUACCUCAUCUACAUGCCAAAAUGUGUGAAAGACACACUGUCACCUCUCAGCAUCAAAUUAAACUUCUCCCAGGUGGACAGUCAGCAUGCAGAUGUUGUCCUCAAUGCAGAUGGCAAAACACAAGCUGUAGUCGAGGUCCCUUUUGAAAGAAAGUGUAAAAAGAAUGACACCUGUAUUGCUGAAAUUGAAGUGGACUUCAACUUCUUGACUCCAACAUUACUGGUGGCUGAAGAAUCUUACUUUAACAUGUCCAUUACAAUAGCCAAUCAUGGUGACGACUCAUACAACACCAGCUUGACUAUGUACUACCCCCCAGGCCUCUCCUACUCCAGGAUGGCUCAAAUUCUUACACAGGCCACAAGACGAACGCCCCACAAUUGCGAUGAUCUGGAAGAAGUAUUUGACAAAACAAUAUGUGGAAUCAGCCUUCCUGUGUAUCGCAGCAGAUCAACCGCAACAUUUCAGAGCUCUUUCCAAAUCUCCACCAAUUAUCAAUGGAAUGACACUAUUGCAAUUAGUGUGGUUGCGAAAAGUGAUAAUAACAACUCCACCAUGUCUAACCUGACCAAGAUGCUUCCAGUACAAUAUGAAAUAAAAAUGGCAAUAACAGUAAAAGAGGACACCACCACUUAUGUGAACUUCACAGAAGAGGACACAGGCCCCAAAAAGAUGUUUAUUAUAUAUAAGGUGGAUAACCCUGGCUGGAAAGCCUUUCCUGUGAAUGUGUCUCUGAGCUUUCCAACUAAACUCCAAUACAACUUUGAAUUUGAAAAUUAUCAAGUCUUUGUACAUCAGAACAAAAGUCAGUGCAAAAACAUGACUGCAAUCAAUUCUGAAUAUUGUUCCCCAGAAAAACACUGCAAAAUCAUUGAGUGUGACACUGUCAUGCUGGAGAGUGCAUCGUCCACCGAGUUUGUAUUGUCUGGAGAUGUACAAUUUAGCAAUCUUGAGGCGCGUGUGCAGAAUAAGGCAUUUCUGGAAAGAUAUACUGGGGACAUUGGAGAGGUUAAGUUCAAAAGCAUGAUCCACCUUGAUUAUGACCAACAACGAUAUGUACUGGAUUCCUCUUAUGAACAAGAGACUGAAGUUCACGUUGAGUUCAUCAUUUCGCCUGAUAAACUAUUCAUAAUACUCACGGGAACUGGAUUUGGACUUUCACUUUUGAUUCUUCUUACCGUCAUCAUGUACAAGCUGGGAUGUUUCAAGAGAAAAACAGUCCAGUAUUAUCAAGAGCAGGAAGAAGAGGCUGGCCUUCAGAUGGGAGCUGCCACUCAGAACAAUGGUUGUACCAGCCAGCCCGGAAAUGACGUGCCUGCUGAAGAAAAAAAUCUUCUUGAAGGCAACCAGCCGGCUGAUACUGAGACAGCACCGGAAUAAAUGACCAUGGCUGGACCAAUAGUCAAGUAACUCAUGGACAAACCUGUAUGGAUCAUUGUCUAGAAAACAGUCAUCAUAUACUGUCAUCGAACUGUUCAACUCCCAUGAUUUGGGGUGAUUAAUCUAUUUUACGUGGUGUUUCUUACUGGUUGAGUUGACGUGUCUGGACGAUCUUUGCUGGGUUAAAGUUUUUUUUUCCCUCAGCCCCAGGAUGAAAUGUGGUUCUGCUGAGCACAUGACUUGCCUUUUAGCCAAUGAAGGAUAGAGCAGCAGAUCUAUAUAACCCCGGAUGACAUGAGUGAUGCAAUUUUCCAGUAAUCAUUGUAUUGUAUGUACUGUAUAGGCAAUUAUUGAAAGUAAUGACUCUGUCAAGCACUAGACAUCAUAGAAUUUUAAUUUUCUUAUUUAAAAAAAUAUAGGUAUUCUGUCCAAAAUGAUAUUUGCAAAUGAUAACAGACGUUUUAGUCCUAUUGGAUUCAUUGAGCUGCAACUGAGGUAUUUCAAGGCUCAGUGAGUGGUUGGUGCAAAGCUUGUCUGGUUGAAUGUACAAGCUCACCCAUUGUCUCGUGCUCUCAUAUAGUGACAGAAAAGCCAAGGUUGGAAAUUUAGCUGAUGGAAAUCAAGUUCUUUGACAGUGUCUGGACUUCACUUUAGAGUUGGCGUGAAAUGCUUGGCUAUCUGAGAAUGAACUGAGGUGACUCGUAUGUGAAAUUUGGAUACAUCCCUUAUGUGUUUGGUAUGUCAAUGCAUAUCAUGGACACAUCAGAGCCUACAUCACACAGCAGACUUGGGUGCACUGUGUCCCCUAUGUAGGUGGAACUGGAGAAGUUGGCUUCGGCCAAGGAGGUAUGGACAUGAGUUAGACUACUGCGCCUACAGAAUUGGCCUUGUUAAGUGGAGAAUAUUGGAUGGACUGAUGUGUGAAAAUUUACACUGAAUGUCAAAAUAACAGAUCUGAAAUUCCGGUUUUACAGCAACAAGGUGAAAAAUCGUAACCACACAAAAAUAAAAAAAAUACCAGUCAAAAAUCUUCA